GUGCUAAAUAGCGGCUUACGGGAACGCUUGGAGCUCUCUCAGUGUAACCACAAAUACUCAUUUCUUUCUCCGAUUCUCUCUUAAUUAUCCGCGUAGACUUGCAACGGUUCUUGAAUUGUUCUUGAUUUUUCGAAUUUGGGUUAGGAAUUCGUGGAUUGCGAGGUAAUAGUUUCCCUUUGCGGCUAACCGGGACGCUGUUUCGGAGCUACUAUGGAGUUCGGGAAGGUGAUCAAGGUUAAAUUUGGAGAUACUCUUAGGCGCUUUAGUGCUCCUCUUGAUCCUCUAAAUGGAGGACUGGAUCUUGACAUGGCUGGAUUGAGGGCAAAGAUCCUCGGUCUCUUCAAUUUCCCUCCUGAUACUGAUUUUACCCUAACAUAUGUGGAUGAAGAUGGUGAUGUAGUAACACUUGUUGAUGAUGAGGAUAUGCGUGAUAUGAUGAGGCAGAGCCUGAAAUUCUUGAGGAUCGACGUACAAUUGAGCAACGACAAAGGUGGUAAAACAUAUGAUGGUUCAAGUGGAAGUUCUACCCCAUUAAGAUCUCCUCAAGUCCAACGGACAUUUCCAAUUAAGACUGGUUCUGUUAAAGUUAUAAAGUCUCUGCCGCAGGCACUACGUGAACAACUUUCUCCUGAAGUCCAGCAUCCAUUUCCAAAUAUUAAAGCUGGUGGUGUUGAAGUUUUGCCAGUGCCACAGCUGCUGCGUGAACCACUUUCGAAGCUUUGCCUUGACAUGGCUUCUAAAGCUGCCUCCAGUCCAGUGCCUGCUGAGCUGCUUGACUUUUUCUUGAAGAUAGGACAGUCCUACCUGAAUGUGGAUUCCCACACUCAUACUGGUGCAGAAUCUUCAUGCACACAGGAUGUGGCUGGUGGUUCAAAUGAUACAAAGGAUGGUGUCGUGGAAGAAGUUAUGCCGAAGUCUGUAUCUGUUGACUCAGCAUCCAAAAACAUUUGUGAUGUGAACACUGGAAACGUGACAAUGGGUGUGGGGGCACCAGUGACCCCUCUUCCUGCUUCUGUUGAUUUGAAUCUCCCUCCCAGUGAUUCUAAUCCAUCAGGUGUCAGAAUUGUGAAGUCUGCACCAGUUGCAUCAAAUGUUCCUGCUGGAGACCACUGGAAAGUCACUAAGCACAGCCACGGUCUCAAGUCUUUUGGUUGUGAUGUCUCGGCAAGUUCGUCUGAUCCUACAAGGCCUAGCCAGACUACUAAUACAAGUGGUAAUAUUCCUAUGAGUCUGUGUCCAUUUACUGGAUUACCCAUGGUACAUGCCUCUGCAAUGCCUUUUGCUAACCAUCCAUUUAAAAGGAGCCAUAGUCACACUGCGUCGAUGGGCGGUAUGUUCCACAAGGGUAUACAAUGUGAUGGCUGUGGGGUUCAUCCCAUAAUUGGACCUCGGUUCAAGUCCAAAGUCAAAGAAGAUUUUGACCUUUGCAGUAUUUGCUUCUCAGAAAUGGGUAAUGAGACUGAUUACACUAGAAUGGACCGCCCUGUGUCUUUUCGGCAUGCACGGUCAUUCAAGGGAUUACAUGAGCAAGCGAAUGCUCCUUGGGCUGGUGCCCCUGUAUUGCCACAUGAUCUGUAUAGAGGUUGUGGAACUAAGCUUGGUCGUCCUAGGCUAGAUAGUCGCUUCAUUCAAGAUGUCAAUGUGAUCGAUGGUACUGUGAUGGCCCCAUCUACACCAUUUACUAAGAUUUGGCGGAUGCGUAAUAAUGGAAGUUUAAUAUGGCCAAGAGGAACACAACUUGUCUGGAUUGGAGGAGACCGAUAUAGUGAUGUACCUUCAGUUGAGUUAGAGAUUCCUGCAAAUGGUGUGCCCAUGGAUCAGGAGCUUGACAUUGCAGUUGACUUCACUGCACCUGCAUCUCCUGGUCGAUACAUGUCAUACUGGAGGAUGGCUUCACAAUCCGGUCAAAAGUUUGGGCAGCGUGUUUGGGUUCUUAUCCAGGUUGAUGCUUCCUUGACGGACUCACUUUGUGAUAGCCUUGAAGGUUUGAACUUGAAUCUUCCCCCUGUCGGGUCUAAAGGCCCUGAAAUUACAGGUGUGAAUGUUCAGCCUGCUAUAGAUGGUGAACUUCUCCAGCCUUGCAACUCGAACAUAGCCACAGAACCAAUAGAACCAGUUGUUGACGAGCAGCCUAAAAAGGACCAUGAUCUGAAUUUUCCGAUAAAUGAUGCUUUACUGGUUGGCCAUGGCAUCUCUUCAUCUGCAACACCAGAGGCUGUGUCGUACCCCAUUGUUGAUUUCUCCGAGGUUGUUCUUGCAGUGCCCAACCAGGCACCAUCAAAUGCCACCGGAGCAGCUAGCCAUGAACAAUCCCCCACUCCUAGAGCACCGACCCUGGUGCCAUCCAAAGUUGUGGUUGCUUCAACAUCAGAUCAAGGAGUUGAGGAGACCCUCCUUAAGGAACUCGAGGAGAUGGGUUUCAAACAGGUUGAUCUGAACAAGGAAAUCCUGAGGAUAAACGAGUACAAUUUGGAGCAGUCUGUAGAUCAUCUCUGCGGUGUUUCUGAGUGGGAUCCAAUCCUUGAAGAGUUGCAGGAGAUGGGUUUUCAUGAUAAUUAUAGAAACAAGAGGCUGCUGAUGAAGAACAACGGGAGUAUCAAGCGUGUUGUCAUGGAUCUUAUCAGUGGGGAGAAGGCUUAGUUGAAGGCUCUGUUUCUAAUAGUAUAUAUAACUGGCUGAAAGUGUGAUGUUAAUACUAUAAAUAAAUACGCUGCUAGUAUUAACUUUUUUGUUGCAUUUUAGGAAAGGAUGGUUUCCUUUUCAAGGGGGGAACCAUCCUUCCUGGUGCGUGUUUCCGUAUAUCAGUUUGUAGUCUUCUAUGUAUAUGACCGUUGUGUACCUCAAUAUAGUAUGUUAAGUCACUUGGGACCCUUAUUUUUA